CAUUCCGCUUCUUUCGCGCAAGAUGUUAUAUGACAAGUAAAAAUACUUAGGCAAUUACCUAAUGUGGGUUGCCCCUCGAUCGACUUAGAUAUACGACAACUGUUAUUGGUAGAGACCUAGCGGCAGUUGUUUUAAGCGGCUCGGAACGACCCCCGGCCUACCCAGAAUGCCGGGGCUCAUCACGGACGAGUUCCACUUCGGGCACAGCUUAAUCCACCACAGAGCCACGUUGGAUUUACAAUCGACUAAGUCUACACGGCCUUCACCCCUGUGCUUGUCGAAGGGAAACGUCUAAUACAUACGUAAUCCUCGGCCGCCAAGAUUUCACGAUGAUGAAUCUGUGCCCACAGGUCGUUCGAGAAGCUCAGAAGAAGGAUUAGAUAUUGUUUUCUCGACCUGCGACGUUGAUGCAGAGGAGAAAUGUGACAGUAUAAGAGGACGGUCAUAUCGCACCCUUUCGUUGAAGAUGAGAACACAUCCUCAUCACUCUCUGAUACCAGAAACCUUUCAUCUAUCCCUUCGCUCCUUCGUUUACAAAUACGCAGCGUUCUUUUAUCUACUCUAUCAUAGCUUAACUAGCGAAAAUGCGUUUCGCUACCUCCUUCGUGUCUAGCAUAGCCAUUCUAGCCGGCUCCGCUGCUGCCCAUCCUGGCCACGAUAUCUCCCAGGAAGUCAAAGAGCGUCGCGACUUUCUUGGCUCAGUGAAGCGCACCAACCUCGGCCACUGCGCUGCUCAAUUGAAAGCACGAGGCGUCGAAAAACGUAAUGUCGAGCGCCGAGCUGCCUUGCUCGAGAAGGCGCGAGCCAAGAGGGGUCUAAACAAGCGCGACCUAAGCUCCGUGUUGGCUACCAGCCAUAACGCCACUGACCUCGGCUAUACGACUAGCACCGACGCUGCCACGCUCUUCGCUGGUUAUAACUCUUGCCUCUUAACUCCCGAAGUCACGCAAGGUCCUUACUACGUCGGUGGCGAGUAUGUCCGCCAGAACAUCAUCGAGGAGCAGGCCGGCGUUGAUACUAUCCUGGAUUACCAGGUAAUCGACAUCAACACCUGCGAACCUGUUACCGACGUCUACGUAGAGAUGUGGCAUUGCAACGCCACCGGCGUAUAUAGCGGUAUCGUAGCGGGAGGUAAUGGAGACUCUUCGGACGAGACCAAUAUCAACAACACCUGGCUCCGCGGAAUCCAGAAGACCGAUUCAGACGGCGUUGCCCAGUUUGAAUCUAUCUUCCCGGGCCAUUACACAAGCCGCGCUACCCACAUCCACAUCAUGGUACAUCAGAACGCCGUCCUCCUCCAGAACGAGACCCUCGGCAACAAUGUAAGCGCUAGCCACGUCGGCCAGGCUUUCUUCGAUCAGGAUUUGAUCACCGCCGUCGAGCUUACCGCACCUUAUUCUACCAACUCACAAGAACUAACCCUGAACGCCGACGAUGGCAUCUUGAGCGAGGAGACGGCUACCGACGGUAUCGAUCCAUUUUUCGAAUACACGCUCCUCGGCGAUAGCAUCACCGACGGUAUCUUCGCCUGGGUUGCUUUCGGUAUUAACGCUACAGCGUCUCAGUCGAUUACCCCGGCUGCUUUCUAUUACAAGGAAGGUGGCGUUGCUAACGCUAACUCCGGCGCCGGCGGUCCUGGAGGUUCUGGCGGUCCUGGUGGCGCUCCUCCAAGUGGCGUGCCAAGCGGAAUUCCCAGCAGCACGACUGCUCCGGCCACGUCUCUUUGAGGGCGUAGUUAAACGGCGAAUCGAAUGGAGUCGCACACGGACUUUGGGGCGGAGAGAUAAGGAGCGUUAGGGUUUCGCUUUUCAUACUUGGCUGUGAGCGUAUGCCCGAGCCAAUUUACAUUCAUUUACACAACUAGUUAGCAGAGACAGGUCUCGAAAAUUUGAAAAACUAUUUCCCGGUAGAUAUGCUUAUCUAACAAAUGAAC